AGUUCUUUUUGACGAUUUUCGUCACUCAAUAAAGCACGUCCUCUCUCCCUUCUCUCUCUCCAACUCAAUCAACCUCUCUCUCUCUCUCUCUGCACCAUACCAUUAUCUGAAUGCAUCACCACAGCACAACCCUCGAACCCCCAAUCAAACCCUAUGGACUAUCCCCGCACCCAAUCUUCCUCCAAAACCCUAGGCUCAUUCGCGCCAUUUUCCCAACCGCUUCGCACCACAACAAGUCCCACUCUUGGAUUUGCAACUGCCAGGGAGUCGAAGAAAUCUCUUCGGUUCCCAAACUCCGACCAAAUUCGCGAAAUUCUGGUGAUGGGGAGAGAUUUGAGGUAGUAAAAGAAAUUGACGUGGCCACUCUUGGAAAUCUGUGCGUCGAUAUCGUGCUGAAUGUCCCCAAUUUGCCCCCGGACUCCUUUGAUGAACGAAUGGAUUACAUGGAGCGGUUGUCCAAGUCUCCACCUGAUAAGAAAUUCUGGGAAGCUGGUGGAAACUGCAAUAUGGCUAUAGCGGCAGCAAGACUAGGACUUUCUUGUACGGCGAUCGGUCAUGUGGGUAAUGAAAUUUAUGGACGCUUCCUCUUAGAUGUGCUUCAUGAGGAGGGAAUUAGCACGGUUGGAAUGAGUGAUGAUAAUGACGUUGAAUGUUCUGGAGCCGCAUAUGAAACACUUUUAUGCUGGGUUUUGGUUGAUUCUUUGCAAAGACACGGGUUUUGCAGUCGAGCUGAUUUUAGUGAGGAGCCUGCAUUCAGUUGGAUGAGUAAAUUGUCGAGCAAAGCAAAGAUGGCUGUAAAAAAGUCAAAGAUCCUGUUCUGCAAUGGUUAUGGUUUUGAUGAGCUUUCCCCUGGGUUGAUUAUAUCUGCUUUAGAGUAUGCAGUGGAAGUGGGCACCUCAGUUUUCUUCGAUCCUGGACCACGGGGAAAGAGCCUUUCUGCUGGAACACCUGAAGAGCAAAAAGCAUUUGGCAAGUUUUUGAGGAUGAGUGAUGUUCUUCUUCUGACUUCUGAGGAGGCGGAAUCAUUGACUGGCAUUAGAAACCCAGUGCUGGCUGGGCAGGAGUUGCUGAAGAAAGGGUUACGAACGAAAUGGGUGAUUGUCAAAAUGGGUGCAAGGGGUUCAAUUUUAAUCACCACGUCAAGCAUAUCAUGUGCGCCUGCAUUCAAGGUGAACGUUGUCGACACUGUUGGGUGUGGAGAUAGUUUCGUAGCUGCUAUUGCGUUUGGUUUUAUACACAAUAUGCCCACUGUUAAUAUAUUAACAAUUGCAAAUGCAGUGGGGGCUGCAACUGCCAUGGGUUGCGGUGCUGGUAGGAACGUCGCAACCCUAAAGCAAGUCAUUGAACUCGUGAAGGACGAAAACCUUAACGAGGAUGACAAAUUCUGGAACGACCUAAUGAAUGAAAACUUGGAUUCUCAGGAAAUUACGUUUCUAUCCAGAAUGGUUUUAAAUGGAAGCAAUACUCGGUGCAACCGAGUUCCCCUGCAAAAGGUCAUUUCUGAAAUGCUGCCUAUGCUCGAAUCUGCAGGUUUAAAUAAGGUUGUUCCAUCUUGACAAUUACGACAACUGUUUUCUGACUGCUAACUGGUUUUCUGUGGGUUUACUAUUUUUCACCGCUCUGGAAAACUGUUACCUUAAAUUGGGCUUGGAGUUAAAGAGAAAAAAUGCAUGAAAGCUUCAUCUUUGGGCAGACAUGAAUUUUGGGGUGUACUCGUCAGAGGAAGUUCAGUGAAAGAGGAAAUUUGGCAUUCUUUGCUGCUUAUGUUUCAUGUGGCGAGUAUCGAGAUCAUGUUAGCUACGCUUCUUUAGAUACAGUACUUGGGGAAGCCGUAGGGUUUAGAAUUUUGGGGUUUUUGGAAGGGUGUUUGGUAGGCCUUUUAGGAAGAUGAUGAUUCGACUUUUAAUGCCAUUGGUCCAUUGUAAUUGCAAUAUGUCCUUUUUCUUGUGAUGGCGUUAUCGUUGCAGUAUCUGAAGUAAUAGGUCACAACAAUACAAGGUUGAAUUUGUAUAAUGGUCGAUUUUGGUGAGCCGAAAUGCCUUUCUGGUGCGAAAUCACAGAGAAAAUUAUUGUUGGAGGAAGGGGAUACCACUAUCAUGUUGUCUUUUGGGUUGUGGGUGUUUUGAAAUUUUUGAUACAGGUUUGUGUAUUGUGGUUAUGUAUCAAAUGGAUGGGAUUCUGCUACUACAAGUUCACUUGCUAUUAAAAAUUUCACUUUGAACUUUCCCGUCA